AAUUUGAGUGACGCCGAAAAACGAGGGGAGGAGGCUUGAGAAAGGGAAAGAAAAGCACAAACCACAUUUAAGCGUGAAACAGUAGCAGAAGAGGAAAUGAAAUAGAAGUUGUCCCAACUUUUGUCCGUUGGUUUUUGCGGAGCGAUACGUUUUUAUCCAAUGUGGGGUAGAGUCGCAGCGGUGAUUACGCACAACGCAGGUGUUGGCAAAAUACAUUUUUUAGAGGUUUGGUACGUUAUAAGAACUGGAUAGAAAACUGCUAACCAGUGUAGAUGCAAUUGUGAUAACUUUUGAGCAUUAAAAUAGCAAGCGAUACAACUAAAGAUGGUCUGAUCCAUUAACGCACGCGAAUCUCGUGGGAAUGUGAGAGGGAAUUAACUGUAUAGUCUACUGUACAACGCCAUGGACUGUCAAUUCGGAAUAUCCCAUUCAGUGUUCAGUUGCUCUAAUUCAUCAUAACGUAGGUCUACUGAUCUAUUUUACAAUGAAGUGGUUUGGAUUAUCCUGUUUCCUGCUCGGUGUGUUACUUCUGCCAAGCACACGAAACGUACUGGGCCUACCUGACACAGCUCUGAACUGUUGUGAGGGGGACAUCCUGCUGUUGUUGGAUUCUUCAGGAAGUGUGUCAUCGUACGAGUUCUCACGUCUGCUGCGCUUCCUGUCUGAGCUACUCCUUCCCUUCUCUCUGGGGCAGGGCCAGGUGAGAGUGGGUCUGCUGCAGGUGGGCACUGAGCCCCACCUUGAGUUUGGUCUGGACACCCACAGCACCCAGCAUGGCCUGCAGGAGGCACUGCGGAGGACCAAGCAGCUCCAAGGCGACACCAACACCGAUGCUGCCCUCAGAUUGGCCAAAGGACUGCUGACCGGAGCCGGGAGCCAGUCGGAGCACCCGAAGGUGCUGCUGUGGCUUACGGAUGGAGUGCGACCUGGCAGGGUGGACGAGCCAAUGGAAGAACUGAGGAAGUUGGGCGUGUCCGUGCUGGUUGUCUCGACAGGACACGGAAACUACCAGGUGCUGCGGAAGGUGGUGACCCCGCCCAUCGAGAACCACCUUUACUUUGUGGACAUCGAUGACAUCAGCAUUAUUACGCAGGACCUGAGGGAGGCCAUAAUUGAGCUGAUCCAUGCUGAGCGUCUGUGGGUGGUACAGGUGUCGUUCCAAAGUGCUGUACUGCAGUGGCGUCCUGUCAUCAACUCCAACACAGGUUUCUAUGAGCUCCACUACAACGCUGUUUUACCAGGCACACGGUACCACAGAAGGAUCCUACCUGGGGACUCAAGCUGGGUGGAGAUCAGCGACCUGCAGCCAGACACCAGCUAUACUGCCUCCCUCACUCCAAAAUCCAAUGAGGACUACUUCAAAACCCUCAGUGUCACUUUUACCACACUUUCUGAGGUGUUGAGCCCAGCGGUGGUCACUGUGUCGGACUCAGGUCCUGAUCAGGUACGUGUCAGCUGGGGUCCUCUGCAGCCCGACCAGGUCCGGAUGUACAAGAUAGAGUACGGAGCUCUGCCUAGUGGACAGGUCUCCAUAGUUACGCUGCAUGGACACCAGAACUCCACCGUGCUCGCUGGUCUGCAGCCGGAUACCCUGUACCUGGUCACUGUCAGCGCCCUGUAUUCAACAGGAAAGGAGAGGUCCGUGUCUGUCAAGGCCUGCACUCAGGAGGUGCUGCCGUCCCUGGUUGACCUCCAGCUGACCUCAGUGGGGCACGGCGCCAUUCAGGCCCAGUGGCGAGGCCAUGAGGAAGGACUGAGGGGGUACUGGCUCCGCUGGGAUGGGGGUGAGACCCAAAGUCUCUUCCACCAAGGGUCUUCCUACCUAUAUCUGCCCCCUGGCACCCUCUCCACACACCUCACACACUUGGCCCCCAGGAGCCGAGUGUGUGUGUCCCCUGUUUACCGCACAGCCCGUGGACAGGGGCUCUGCUGCACCGCCGACACACAACCAGGUCUGACACCGAGCGGAUGGACGAAUACACACACGCAUACAGAGGUCUGACACCGAGCGGAUGGACGAAUACACACACGCAUACAGAGGUCUGACACCGAGCGGAUGGACGAAUACACACACGCAUACAGAGGUCUGACACCGAGCGGAUGGACGAAUACACACACGCAUACAGAGGUCUGACACCGAGCGGGAUGGACGAAUACACACAACGCAUACAGAGGUCUGACACCGAGUGGAUGGACGAAUACACACACGCAUACAGAGGUCUGACACCGAGCGGAUGGACGAAUACACACACGCAUACAGAGGUCUGACACCGAGCGGAUGGACGAAUACACACACGCAUACAGAGGUCUGACACCGAGCGAAUGGACGAAUACACACACGCACACAGAGGUCUGACACCGAGCGGAUGGACGAAUACACACACGCAUACAGAGGUCUGACACCGAGCGGAUGGACGAAUACACACACGCAUACAGAGGUCUGACAGGCUUUUUGUUGGAGCUGAUUGCUUUAUAGGUAUUUUAGGAGGUAGUCAUUUUGCAUCAGGAAAUUAUUGAAAAAAUUAUUUCUUUCUCCCUCUCUCACUGUCUUUUCUCAUUUUGCUAGAUGCUGUAUUCUUGGGCUAUCAAUGACUUUACUGCAAUCAGAAAGCUGAAGUGGAGGAAAUUGAUGCUCUAUUGCAAAAUGCCAAUGCUAUAAUUAAGAUAUAAGGCUGUCCUUAAGCACAACACAAUGCAGAGGGCCUGGAUACAGUAUUUUGCUGUUGUAUACUGAAUUUGGACCACAAACCCCUGAGGUGCCUUAUUUCUUUUAUAGCCUUGUUUUAAAAAGUUUUAUAUGUCAUACCUGUGGUUCAGCAAAUCAGCGUUCGGGGCUUAAACCAUUUGGUUUAUAAUAAAGUAUAAUGGAGUCACAUCCAACUAUGCGAUAAGCACUAAUCAGUUUUCAUGAAACUGAAAUCUGCACAAGUGGAUUGUGUUGUCGUGUCACACAAAAUAGUUCCUGAGUCCCGUGGAUAAAUAGAUUGACAGUCUUUGCUUCAGCCAAGAGUCACUAUGAAACGACUCAUUCCAUUGAACAGGACGUCCACUGAUGAAUGGGAGUUGUGUGCGGGUGAUGUGGAGGAAUGGUGGGUGGAAGGGAAACCAAAGAAGCCUCUGUCAUGAAUAACCAUGUCACCAUAACCACAUUGGCUUUUAUGUGAGCAUGUUGUUACACAGGCAGAUGUUUCAUAAAAACAUGCAGCCUUGACACUUCAAUAAAAAAUAAUCAAAACGUA